UAGAAAGGAUGCGUCCCUACCUGUGUGAUAAAAUCAUAGCGGAGAGACACUUUGAUUACCUACGUUCAAAGAAAAUACUUACUAGAGAGGAUGCAGAAGAAAUUUCUUCUCGAUCUUCCAGCAGGAAAAGAACUGGGAAGUUAUUGGACUACUUAGCAGAAAAUCCAAAGGGACUAGAUGCUUUGAUUGAAUCUAUCAGACGAGAAAGAACACAAAAUUUCCUGUUACAAAAGAUAACCGAUGUAGUGUUGAAAGUAAAAAAUGAAAAACUUGAAGCUCUCAAAGGUCUAAGCUGCAGCACCUGUAUGACCUCACUGUAUGGAGGAACGAAUGAUCUUUCUAGAUCAUAUUCUGAUGAGUCUAAUUUUUUUGAUAAAACAAUUAAAACAAAAGACAAAGAAUCUACCCCGGUACAGCAUCCAGAAGAAGACUGUAGCACUGCCGCGUUUGUGUCUGCUGUCUCCCUUCACUCCAUGAAUUUGCCGGUUGCAGAGCUGGGAAAUGCAGAGAGCGUGGUUUUCUCAGGCACCCUCCCAGGGCCUGGGGACCCCGGCGCACCCCCGCUCCCCCCCGAGCUCCAGUCCGAGCAGCAGGAGCCGUGUACCAGCUCUAGUGACAAUUGCUUUUUGCCUUUAAGGUCACGUUGUCUUCAACCACAGUGA